GUGUUAGGCUAAUAUGUAGCUGUUCGCAACCGUAAAAGAACACAGUUAAUAUCAGACAUAUCAAUUGGGAAAUUAACUCGAAAACAGAUGGGAGCAUCGUCACCAUUGCUCAAGAUCGUUCUCAGUCUGUAUCUCGCCUCGCUCUUCGCCGCUGCCUUCACUUCAGAUGAACGUAUUAUUAAAGUGUCGAUAGAGAGUGAAGUGGAAGAUGGAAGAAAUGUGACCAUUCGCUGCAACUUUAAUGGAAGUCUUACAUUUGAUGUGAUCAACUCAAGCAAUGAAAUCACACCGAUUGGUGGAUGCGACGGAUUCGGCAAGAGCUUUGUAAACACGGCGUUUCUAAGAGAUAAAUACGAUAUAAAGGCCGUUCCAGGAGGUGGAACGCUUACUAUUAUCAAUCUUGAUCAAUCCAGGUAUGGGAAAUACAACUGCAAGGAUGCCUUUAAUGCCACUUCAGCAGACAGCGUCAUAGUUUCACCCGAGGCAAAGGUGAAGAACAACCAAGGAUAUGCGUAUACAUCACUACCGUUCGAGAUGCUUAUAAUAUGUAUUUUAAGAGCAUUGUAACGUCUGACUUAACCCAUUUAUGCCUAGUGGACUCCCCCAUCCUUCUAAAUUAGAUCAAUUUAUUUCUAAAAUUAGAGAUGUCUAGUAUAUUUAUUGCUAUAUUUAGAAUAUUUCUUACAGAAAUGCCUUUAAGCAAACAGCGCAGACCUUGAUGAGACGCCGCAUAUGGUCUUUUUUCGAGUCGCUAGGCAUAAAUUGGUUAAGCUUUGUCUCACACAGCUAUUUCUUAAUAAGAAAUUGACUUGUAUACAGAAAUGUACAAAAGCAAUGUUAAUAUACAAAGCCAAAAAAACAACUUGUGUCAUAUACAUGCAUAAAGAUAUAAAUAUUUAUUAGAUAUUUCAGAAGCAAUAUUGAAUUGUAAGGAUAUAAUCAUCUAUCAAAAUCUGUUCAAGUAUAAUUCGUGUUUACCCAUUUUUAUGGCUAAAUUAAUAUAAUAUGUAUUAAAUAUUUCGUUUUAAAAUUCACAUGAAAGUUCAAAAUCCUGCUUUAAUAUAAAUAAAUUCACUUUAAUUGCAAUUUUAUUGUCAGCAUUAUACUAUGAGGUUAAUUUGCAUUAAUUUGUAAAAUAAUGUUCUGUUCAUCUUGUCCAACCGAAGGUUCACUGUGCGUAUAUCUGAGUGGAUUUUGAUUUUGCUCAUCAACGAAACAAACACGAAUCCCGGUAACUGCGAAACAAUCCAGAU